CUUCGCUCCACACACGCCACACAUACUCACACACAUACACAUACGCAUACACACAUACAUAUAUAUUCGCAUAUAUGGCUAGCGCAAGUGUGCUCGGCCCUGAGCAGGACGCCGUCAUUCAAGGCGGCAAGCUGGUGGUACGGACGCGGGCGCUCAACGCAUACCUCGUCUGCGAGCUGUGCAACGGCUACUUCCGCAACGCCACCACGGUCUCAGAAUGUUUGCAUACCUUCUGUGAGCCGUGCAUUCUGCGCCACUUUGACUCGGGCUCAACAAAGUGUCCCACGUGUGAGACCGACCUCGGCGCCGACCCCUUCACCGCUAUCCGCCAGGACAUGGCCCUCAAGUCGCUCGUCGAGCGUAUCUUCCCCAACGCCGGCCCUGGCACCGAGCCGAGCCGCAAGAAGAAGCGCAAGCGCUCGCGCUCGAAAUCUACCGCGACCGCAGCCGGGGCCGGAGCCGCAGAGACUCCGACCAACGACGCUGCCGCCGCCGCCGAGGCCGGCGAGCCCGAGGCCAAGCGGGCCCGCAAGCUUGAGAACAAGAAGAGCGCCGCGCAAAGCGGACGAGUUGGUGAUGUGUCUGUUACCACAAAGUAUCUGGGCAUGGACAAGAGCGCGCUCCCGCCGAACGUCUCGGUCUCGUCCAAGGGCAUUGUUACUGUCGACAACGUCGACUGGGUCAAGUUUGCUGUGCACCCCGACCCCAACGACGCCGCCACCCUGGCCCUCCCGUCCAUCGCGUCUGUUAUGCAAACCAAGGCCUCAAUCGACAUCAAGCGACUCGCCAAGCACCUCCGCAAGAAGCUCUGCCGCAACAUCCCGGGUGCCAAGAUCGAGAUCUUGUUCAACGGCGAGGUCUGCGCGCCGGAGUUCUCGCUCGAGUUUAUCAUCAAGACCCGCUGGCACUCACGCGACUCGGCCGACGUCCUCGACCUCACCUACCGCAUGAUUCAGUCGUAGCUAUAAAGCCGCCAUGUUAUCUCGA